GGCCCCGUCCCCAGACCCGUGGCAGAACGUAUUGCACGCGUACGUAUGUGUUUCUAUAUAGACACGGGACUUGUUCUAGUCGGCGGCAGUCUCCUGGUAAGCAGUGAGAAGGAGAACGCUGGGAAGAAUUUGGAAAUAAGUACUGUGGUCAUAUCAGGAAGACAUUUUUUAUCCCUUCUGACGACACGGAAAAGAUCUAGUGCGCAUAAACUGUGUCUUUUUCCCCCUGGAAUUAUAAAUUUGUGGUGCUGUAGGACCGACUGAGUGAAUCCCUCACCUCAACCCCAUCCCACAACCGUCACACGCUGUAACGAGGGUUGUUCCCUUGUUACGCUCCCACAGCCGUCACACGCUGUAACGAGGGUUGUUCCCUUGUUACGCACCCACAGCCGUCACACGCUGUAACGAGGGUUGUUCCCUUGUUACGCACCCACAGCCGUCACACGCUGUAACGAGGGUUGUUCCCUUGUUACGCACCCACAACCGUCACACGCUGUAACGAGGGUUGUUCCCUUGUUACGCUCCCAUAACCGUCACACGCUGUAACGAGGGUUGUUCCCUUGUUACGCACCCACAACCGCCACACACUGUAACGAGGGUUGUUCCCUUGUUACGCACCCACAACCGUCACACACUGUAACGAGGGUUGUUCCCUUGUUACGCUCCCAUAACCGUCACACGCUGUAACGAGGGUUGUUCCCUUGUUACGCACCCACAACCGCCACACACUGUAACGAGGGUUGUUCCCUUGUUACGCACCCACAGCCGUCACACACUGUAACGAGGGUUGUUCCCUUGUUACGCUCCCGUCACACACUGUAACGAGGGUUGUUCCCUUGUUACGCACCCACAACCGUCACACACUGUAACGAGGGUUGUUCCCUUGUUACGCACCCACAACCGUCACACACUGUAACGAGGGUUGUUCCCUUGUUACGCACCCACAACCGUCACACACUGUAACGAGGGUUGUUCUCUUGUUACGCACCCACAACCGUCACACACUGUAGCGAGGGUUGUUCCCUUGUUACGCUCCCACAACCGUCACACACUGUAACGAGGGUUGUUCCCUUGUUACGCACCCACAACCGCCACACCUUUUAACGAGGGCUGUUCCCUUGUUACACCCCCCGCAUCCACCACCUCCACCCCUCAUCCACCACACAACCACAUGGCUCCCCCGCACGGAACCAGCCUGGCUGUGCGCUCCAUGGUCCGCAUCCCCGGAAGCGGCUGGGACCGAUCUGCGAGCGCAGUCUGCUGCGACUUCUCGAAGGUGUCGACCCUGGCUGCCUCCGCCGUCACGCCGCAGCCGCUGCCUCUGCUCCACCAAAGGCUCUCCUCGCGGCCCUCUCUUGCAGCUUCCAACAUGGACAAGCUGGCUGCUAGCGAGGCACAGAAGAAAGUCUGUGAGGAAGUGGCAAAGGGCUCCCGGAAGCGGGCCUUUGAGAACACCCGUCUGACUCCCGAGCCGUCGAGUUCCAAGGUUGCCAGGGCGUCGAGCGUGACUCCGAAGGCGCCGUCGGGUGUGGCGAGAGCUGCUAAUCCGCCGAGAGUUCAGGAAAGAAUUAUAACCCCGCAACUUGUCAUGAUUCGCCCGGUUCAGCAGGUGCCAGUUUCAAACAAGCAAAUGCAGUCUGUGCCUACACUACAAGGAACACUACAUGGGCGCCCCGUUACGCUUAUACCCGUUGCCCAUCUGGCCGGAGUUCCCUUGUCCUCUGCUGUAUUGGACAGACCUUCGUCAUCGUCUUCGUCGUCGCCUUCAAGUGCAGCAAGUCGACCGACGGUUCCUAUCUCAGUAAGGAGACCAGCUGUAGGCAGCGGCGCAGAGGAAAUUCAACCUGUGCACUCGGGUGUAAUUCUUCAGACAGCUGCAACAGAACCCCUCCAGCGUGUUUCUGUAACUGAAUCGUCCAUCCAGAAUCUGCUGGAGGAAUCGCAGCAGCUCCGGCGACAGAAUGCAGUGCUAAACCAACGGUUAUCACACUACCAAGAAAUAUUUUCUAAUGGCCAGAGACUCCGGAGAGAAAUGGGUAGUUUAGGAAUUCAAGUGUACUAAUAGAUAAAUUAUUAUAGUAAAUUACUUUAUAUUU